AUUAAUAACUCACUGCGCCACGGUUGCUGGAAAGUCCUUCCCUGAGAAGAAGAGCUACCGGAAUGCGUAGCUCCAAAGAGAAGAUGGCUAGGUUAUUAUUGUAUUCUCCUGAAGAAGCGAAGUCCGCGCUCUACUCUCUUCAACCUACCUAUCUUUUGAAGACCAUCCCGAGUCUUCGUGGCCGAUAUUUCCAGAAAGUUCCAGCCGCACCGCUCAAGAAGCGAACGAGACAACCGUGGCGCCUGCGCACUAGCCCUUGCCGUCUGUCUCCGCCCCCUAACCGCCUAAGGUCCCGUUAUUCUUUUCCCCCCUUCCUUGACUACAUCCGCAUGCAAGGAAGAAACUGGUACUUUUAAUUUGGCCUGCCGGGAGGUUCUGAAAAAAGGGAAUUGUGACGUUGGCUCCAGCUCCUGUUCCUCCACCCCCCCCCCCCUUUAACGUUCACGACGGUAGCGCGUGCCUACCAGUUUCUUGGGCCCGUCUAUGAUCACGUGCUUCUCCAGCCAAUCCGAAUGGCUAGUUACAAACCGACAUUCUGACGGUCUUGAAGGAGGGGGAAGCGAAGGGGAGCGACUGAGGGGAGGGGUGUCGCCAAAACCCGACUCUUGCUGUGGCUGUCGGAACGCCGCUGGCUUGUGAGGGGCGGCUAAGGAAUUCGGCUCCGUUUCGCAAACGGUGAGUCCUGUGAGAAGCCGCUUCCCUUCUGCUAAAGGAAGGGAAAGAGAGGAAAGGAAACCAUCGGAGUCGUCACCGGGGGGGAGGAGAGGAAAGAAGGAAGGAACCGCGGUAGAGAACGUGGAUGACACCCUUGUUGGAUACAUAAUAAUGAGCACACUGAUGCAAGAUAAAGUUAGUGAAGGACUAUAAAAUGCCCAGAUUUGGGUCAGCAAAAGCAGUUCAGAUUCAAAAUUCUGACAGUGAUAGCACCAUGGUGGAGAAGCCAACUGGAAGAAAGAGCAAGGACAAGAUUGCCUCCUACAGCAAAGCUGCAAAACUGGAAAGGAGUGAUGGAGGGAAGGAAAUGAAAGAAAAGUCUUCCAUGAAACGUAAACUUCAGUUUAAUGUUAGUCCAUCGAGAAAUGAAGAUCAAAAUUCAGAUACAGAUUCAGAUCCAGGACAUACAAAUGAAAGCUGGGGGGAGAGAUUAAUUCCUACUUACAGAACAUAUUCAGAGAAGGAUGUUCCAGAGAAAAAGAAAAUGAAAAAAGAAGCUGGAAAUAAGAAGACAGCACCUGUUAGCAUUCUCUUUGGUUAUCCACUAUCAGAACGCAAACAGAUGGCCCUACUUAUGCAGAUGACUGCUAGAGACAACAGUCCAGAUCCCAACCUAAAUCAUCCUUUACAGACAGCACCAGCACAAAAGAAAACUCCGAGCUCUUCAUCACGACAAAAAGAUAAAGUUAAUAAGAGAAAUGAACGUGGGGAAACCCCAUUACACACAGCAGCAAUUAAAGGCGAUAUUAAGCAAGUUAAAGAAUUAAUUGGUCUAGGAGCAAAUGUGAAUGUAAAAGAUUUUGCAGGUUGGACACCUCUCCACGAAGCAUGCAAUGCUGGUUACUAUGAUGUUGCUAAGGUUUUGAUAGCAGCAGGAGCAGAUGUGAACACUCAAGGACUGGAUGAUGAUACGCCUCUUCAUGAUUCUGCAAGCAGUGGACAUAGAAAAAUUGUGAAGCUGUUGCUCCGACAUGGUGGAAAUCCAUUUCAGGCAAAUAAACAUGGAGAGAGACCAGUUGAUGUAGUAGAAACUGAAGAAUUGGGGCUAUUAUUGAAAAGAGAAGUUCCUAUUUCUGAUGAUGAAGAUGGUUGCUCAGACCUUGAAGAGACACCUUCUAUAAAUCCUUCUAGUAUAGAUGGGAAUAUGGAUUCUGAGACGGAGAAAGAAUCUGUAGUCAACGACAGCAAGCACCUCCCUAAUAAGGCACCACUUUCAUCUGCUCUUGAUGAAUAUGAGUUUAAAGAUGAUGAUGAAGAUGAAGUUAAGAAAAUGAUUGAUGAGAGGCAUAUUCCCAGGAGGGAUUUGAGAAAUGAAGAUGAAUCAGAAAUAGACCAAAGCAACUUAUUCAUGAACCAGGAGAAAAUAGCAUUUCCAAAAUCAUUCAAAAAUAAAAAACAGAAGCCCUCUAGAGUUUUGUAUUCAAGUUCUGAAAGUUCAGAUGAAGAUAUUCUUCAAGAUAAAAAGAUUGUCUCAGUUCCCUGUACUGUCACAGAAACUUCAAAUUCUGAUACAAAGGUAAAAAAAGAGUAUAGUUUCAUUGAAUAUAAGCAGAAAGGAAAGGUGAAAAGAAAAAUAAAAAAUCAAAGCAAGAAUAAGGAGAAUCAACAACUAAAGUUGGAAAAAGAAAAUUCUAGAGUAGCGAACUUGAGUGCUUCCGUAUUAGAAUCUUUAGAUAAAUCCAGAGAAGAGGAGAACUUUAGAAAGUCUUUCAGCCCAAAAGAAGAUUCUUCAUUGCACUUAUUCCACAUUAAUGCUGGCAGAUCUCCAAAGCAUCCCUGUGGAUUAAUUGAAAAGCAGCCAAUACCACUUAAACAAGAAAAUGUUAAAACAUGUUUAUCCCCAGGGGGUUCAGAAGUAUCAUCGCAAUCUGAACUAGUUCGGUAUGAUCAAAAUACAGACACUGAGUAUCUACUGGAAAGUUCCAGUGGCAAACCCUACAAGCACAAAGACAAAAGUAAGCAUCAAAAAGAAUUUCUUUUAGAAUUUGGUGAAAAAUCUAGUCCUAAAUUUAAAGAGGAAGAUAAUAGCCUAUCCUUUGAAAACUCAGAGAGUCUGAUGAAAAAGAUUGACAAGGAGGGAAAAACUCUAAAGAAGCAUAAAUUGAAACACAAAGAAAGGGAAAAGGACAAGCACAAAAAAGAGCAGGAUGGGGAGAAAGAAAAACAUAAACACAGGGAGAAUUCUAAGGAUGUUCAACGGAACAUAGAGUUUGACAGAGAAUUUUGGAAAGAGAACUUUUUUAAAAGUGAUGAGGCAGAAGACAUGUCAUGUGUGGACCAUGACUCUCAGCUCUCAGAGAGGAAAUCAAAAUUGGAAAAGACUUUGCAGAAAGAAGAAAAAAUUGUAAAAGAGAGAAGCUUUCAAAAAGACAGAAACUUUAAAGAAGAGAAGGAUAAAAAUAAAAAAGAAAGUGAUAAGGAUGAAAAGGUAAAAGAUACAAAAGAAGAAAAAGAAGGUGUACCUAUAGAUAAAGAAACAGAAUUGUUUACUUUAAGUUUUAGAGAUGGAACAACAGGUGCUUCUUUGGGAGAAAAAGAAAUAGACACUGAAAAACAGGAAAAAAUUACAAAGGAACAUAGAGAGAAACUAGAAAGACGAAAUUCUACCAUGGAAAAAUUAGACAGAAAAAAUUUAGAUAAGGAGAAAAAAACAAAAUACGAGCAUAAGUCAGAAAGAGAGCCAAGUGAAAUUUUAGAAAAGGCAAAAGAGAAGCCAACAGAAAAAACUCACAAAGAAAAUGACAAAUUAAAAAACUAUAAUACUGUUAAAAAGUUUGAUGACAAAGAAAAAAGCAAAGAGAAGCUUGAAAAGAAACAUGAGAAAGAAAAAAAUGAUAGACACCUGUCUGAAAGCAAAGAAAAACCAUGUAUUGAAAGGAAAGCAAAGGCUUGUGAAAAGGACAGUGAAUAUUCAAAGCAGGAAAAGGGCAAAAACAAAGAAAAGGAGGCUGAAAAAAAAGAAAAACCCAGAGAGCGGGAUAGCGUAACAAUUUCAAAUAUAAGGCAUAUACCAGAAGAGAAGAGAUGUAGUAUUGAAAAAACAUUGUCCUUGAAAGAGAAACCAAAAGAUGAAUUGCUGAAAACUCCAGAUGGAAAAGAGAAAGAUAAAAAAGAUAAAGAUAUAGACAGAUAUAAAGAACGUGACAAACAUAAAGAGAAAAUACAACAGAACAGCUUAAUUAAACUAAAGCUUGAAACUGAAAAGCUUAAGUGUAAGCCUGCACCAGCACCUAAAGAUACUCGUCCUAAAGAAAAGAGAUUGUUAAAUGAUGAUUUGAUGCAGACUAGCUUUGAAAGAAUGCUUAGCCUUAAAGAUCUGGAAAUUGAACAGUGGCACAGGAAACAUAAAGAAAAAAUAAAACAAAAAGAAAAAGAAAGAUUAAAGAAUCGAUCAUGUUCAGAACUUAACAAAAUAAAAGAUAAAGAAAAAAUUAAACAACCACUUACUGAAACAAAAAACAAAGAGCUUAUUCGUUCAAAAAGCUCAGAAUUGUCAGAUGCUUGCAUGAAAGAAAAGCAAUUGAAAGAGUCUACAAGUAAUAGAUCCCUGUCUGUUGAUGUAAAAAACGGUGCUGGUGGAAAACCAGCAUUACUAUUAGACAACAGUUUAAGUAGGUCCCCAAGAUCAGAAAGUGAAAAGAUGGGCCUAACAUCCAGAUCUGUGUCCAUGAUUUCAGUAGCAAGCUCAGAGGAUUCUUGCCAUACUGUACUGACUCCUCCAAGACCCAUAACUGAAUAUGAUUCAGACUUUUUGCUUGAAGGAUCAGAUUCUCAAAUGUCUUUCUCACACUCACCCUUUUUACCUAGUGCCAAGUCACCAGCUCAUCAUGAAGCUGAUAAUUUACCAGAGUUGCCAGAGCGCAAUAAAGCACCUUUUCAAAAUAGGCUUCCACCAGCUUAUGUUAGAUCAGCAUCUGUUGAAGAUGUUAAAUUUGUUCUAAAUGACUGCAAGCCAGUUGUAGAAGUAAGAAGAUGCAGUAUGCCAGGUGUUUGUGAACAUACAAAGCAGUCCCGAAUGACUGAAGAAAAUAACCAUGGUGUUAUGUCCUCUGUUCAGAGUCAUAGUGGCUCUUCUCCUAAACAUGAAUCCUCAUGCUGUAAUUUGGUUGAAAAGGAUUUCCAAAAUGAUACAUCAGACUUGUAUUCCAAUUCUGUGUCAUCCCCAGUUCGAAAUAUUGAUAACAGGCAUAUUGCAUCAGAAGCCGUUAUUAAAAGUGCGACUCAGUCAAGCCCAUCAGCAGAAAGUAACAUGAUUUUGGAACAGGGUAGCCAGACUACUCUGACGUUAUCAAGUAAAUCAUGGGAUGUGCCUUUGGAAAGAUAUAAUUUGUUAAACAGUGAGUGCAGCUGUUCAAAUUUUGCUGGCUUUGAACAAGAUACAACUCUUCCAGCCAUGCGUAAUUCUGAAGACAAAAUCUUAAAAGAGCAGAAAAAUUUAGAACCUUUUCUUCAUCAUGCUGAAAACAUAGCAAAUCCUUUAUCACACGAAGAAGCAGCAUUUUUCUCUGUUCAGUCAUCCUUCCCAUCUCAGAGUCAGCCAAUCACAGAGACUCUUUAUAUGUCAAAGAAUGCAUCUUUAUCAGAUGGUAGCAGCCAAGAGCCUCUAAUCAUUAGACACCAGCAAAGUGCCAUUCAAUCUACCAGCUCAACCUUAGAUGUCGACACUAAUGGUAAAAAGAAGGUGGAAAAAGCUUUGUUGCUCUCAAACAAUAAAAAGGCAGAUGUGCUUAUCACUGUGUAUCCUGAAUGUUUCCCUAAAGAUACUUUACAAAAUUUUGAAAAGGAUUUUACUGCAAAUGAUCCUCGCCUGCCCCUUAAUGCUAGUUCAUCUGUAGUCAGUAAGCUCAUUUAUAAGACAUCACAAACUGGUGAACUAGGUAGUAGCAUGAUUGAUCUUCGGGUCCAAAGUGAAAAAGCUCAUUCUGACAGCCUUUCUUUAUCUCAUAUAACUAGUAAUAAAAAUGAUCUGGAUCUCCAAGACCCAAAUGCCAAAGUGCUGAAAGGAAUUACAAAUGACUCUAAUGGAAAACUUUUAAGUAUAGAUAGCACAGAAAGCAGUGCAGCUGAAGAAAACUUGCAGCAGUGCCUUUUGCCUUGUUUGGAAAACCGUUCACAGUUAACUGCGCAUGAAGUACAUAAGUAUAGUCCAACCAUUAAGUCAGAAGUGGAAGACACAAUGGAAGACCAUAAAGCAGAACAGUAUGAAGUUCCUCAGAGAAUUACAAGGAACAGAGCAAAUAUGCUUGCUAAUCAGAGUAAGCAGAAUCUUACUGGUUGCUCCCAAAUAUCAGAAAGGGAUUCUGACUCUUCUGCUUCUACAAAAGGCAGGAUCAGAUUAACUGAAGAAGAUGAUGCUCAGACACAUCAUCCACGGAAAAGAAAGCUACCCCGUGUUCCUCAGCCUGUGCAAGUGAAUCCAUCUUUGAUACAGGCUAAAGAAAAAACUCAUCAGUCUUUGGCAGCUAUUGUAGAUGCUCUAAAACUUGAAGAGAUUCAGCCAUACAGUUCAGAGAGAGCAAAUCCAUAUUUUGAAUACUUGCACAUAAGGAAGAAAAUAGAAGAGAAACGUAAAUUACUGUGUAGUGUGAUUCCUCAAGCACCUCAGUAUUAUGAUGAAUAUGUGACCUUCAAUGGAUCAUACCUCCUAGAUGGCAACCCCUUAAGCAAGAUUUGCAUUCCAACUAUCACACCGCCUCCUUCACUGUCAGAUCCACUUAAAGAGCUCUUUCGACAACAAGAAGUUGUAAGGAUGAAACUUCGUUUACAACACAGUAUUGAAAGGGAAAAGCUUAUUGUUUCCAACGAGCAAGAAGUUCUGCGUGUCCAUUAUCGAGCUGCAAGAACUCUAGCUAAUCAGACUUUGCCAUUCAGUGCAUGCACGGUACUGUUGGAUGCUGAAGUGUACAAUGUGCCCAUGGACACCCAAAAAUUAUUAAAUAUUCCUCGUUGCGUAGCUGGCGUGGCUCUCCGUUCAGAACUGGGCCAACCUUCCCUUGAGACUGAUGAUGGGAAAACAUCUGUUAGAGAUCGAUUUAAUGCAAGACAGUUUAUGUCAUGGCUACAGGAUGUGGAUGAUAAAUUUGACAAAUUAAAGACCUGUCUGUUGAUGAGGCAGCAACAUGAAGCAGCAGCUUUAAAUGCUGUACAGAGAUUGGAAUGGCAGCUUAAACUACAAGAACUUGAUCCUGCAACUUACAAAUCCAUCAGCAUUUAUGAAAUUCAGGAGUUCUAUAUUCCUCUUGUAGAUGUUAAUGAUGACUUUGAAUUGACACCUAUAUGACAGCUACCCUCUCUUGACUUUCUGCCUAAAAUUGUGCAGCAUAAAUGUAAUUACUUAUUUAAAAUAUAGGAAUAAUAUGGAAUAGGCUUUUCCAAUAUUCCAUCUAUUCCUCAGAAAUGUUUCACAAAAUCACAUUCAAUAUUGUAAAUGCAUACCAUUUAGUAAUAAAUGGUGCUUACUUUAAAUUCUAAAGCCCAAAAGACAUCUUCCUUCCCAGCAGAUCUAUUUAUAUAUAACAAUCUUUUCAUUGAAGAUCUAACAGCGCUGGAAGCUGUUACAAGAGAGCUACUGAAAAAUACUUGCUAUUUAAAGUCCACUGUAAUGAUUUUUAUUAUUAAGCUUAAACUCCUGCAAAGAAAAUAUCAACCUGUGGAAGACAUUACAAAUUUGUGGGGAUGUGGGAAGUGAGUCUGUUCAUCUUAUAUAAUUUAUAAGUUAACUGUACAGUUUUCUUUUUGGAAAAAGAUGUAAUGUUUUCAUUUUUUAAAUAACUUAUUUUAUACAUAUUGCACAAAUGUAAAUAUUACUGUAUUUAAUGUUCAAUCCUGUAUAAAGAUAAAUAUUUUAAUUGUAAAACUGUCCUGUCUAAUGUUUUAUUGGACCAAAUUUGUUGUUCCUUCUGUGUAGUGUGUAGGCGACUUUCUUUUAAAAGGCAUGUGUUUGAUUUAGCUGCUUGUUUCAUCACCAUCACUGUAAAGGUUUGAAACUGGGCGGUAUUGCAUGCUCGUUCAGUUCAAGCUUUCCUUAGUGUGUGGUACCUAAACGAUAGCAACAUGUGGUUGCCAAUCCACCAAGCACUACUUCUGUACAAACUCCAUUCUUUCUGAGAAAUUUGCAGUGUACUUUGCAGCAGUGCUUAAUGGAUUUCACCUUGACUUCCCAGAAACAUUUAUUGCUCCGCUACUGUAAUGCCAUGCCUGUGACUUAAUAUGCUGAGAGUAUUUUUGUUUAAAAACUUAAGGAUUAUAACCUUGCUCUUACAUGCUGAUCUCAAAAUGAGCCUAUUCUACCCCAUCUCACCCCUUCCAAAUGCCUCUCAAUGAAAAAUUGUUAAAUUGUACAUUGUCUAUUUUAAUAUUUACCUAUUAAAGCAUAUGUAAAUAGUUGUAAAUAUGAUGUGUAAUAAAUUCUAUUGGUCAUGCUAACAAAUGGUUGAAUCCUUGUGAUGGUGAAAUUUUCAUCCUUGAAGUUUUAUACAAUUUGACAAAUAAAUAUUUGAAAGUUCCAUUAUAAGAUA